AUGUCCUCACUCCUCAGAUCCGUCACAAGACUUUCAUCCCGCGCCGCCGUCCGCUCAACACCACGCAUCAUCACAAGAUUCCAUAUUCAGCCCUUUAGCGUCAACACAGCAAAGAUGUCUGAGCAAUCCAUCGUCUUCACUAAGAAUGCCCCGGCCGCUCUUGGUCCCUACUCCCAGGCCAUUAAGACCCCCACCGCCAUCUACUGCUCCGGCCAGAUCCCCCUCACCCCCGAGGGCACCUUCGUCGAGGGCUCCAUCGCCGACAAGACCAAGCAGUGCAUCUCCAACCUCAAGGCCGUUCUCGUUGAGGCCGGCUCCUCCAUUGAGAAGGUCGUCAAGGUCAACAUCUUCCUCGCUGACAUGGGCGACUUUGCCGAGAUGAACGGCGAGUACGAGAAGUGGUUCACCCACAAGCCCGCCCGCAGCUGCGUCGCCGUCAAGACUCUGCCCAAGAACGUUGACGUUGAGAUUGAGUGCAUUGCCCUUCCUUGA